AUGUUAUCGAAUAAAGACCGGCGUGGGAAGCAGAAUGUGAUGCAACUUCAUGUGUUCGUGGAUGCCUCGAAGAACGGAUUUGCGUAUCUGCGGUUUGAAGAGAACAGUAAAGUGGAAUGUGCGCUUAUCGGAACGAAGACACGGGUAGCCUCAUUGCGGUUUACGUCGAUUCCAAGACCGGAACUUCAAGUAGCGAUAAUUGGAGCCCGUUUGGCGAACGAUUUCAUGGAGACACAGAAGCUCGAACCCACGAAAAGAUUCUUCUCGUCGGACUCACGUGAUAUUCUCUACUGGAUCAACUCCGAUCACCGUAAAUACAGCCAGAAACUGGCAGGAAAGCUCAUUGCCACUGGUCCACAGACUCAACUGGAACUUAAGGCGACAGAGCGGUUUAUUCUGAAGCAAGUGCAAUAUGCUGAAUUUGCUAUAGAUAUUGAUCGAUUGAAGAAACCGAACCUUGUGCCGUGGAAAAGAGUGAUACCGAAGAAUAACUAUCUAUACGGUCUCAAUCCCACACUGGACGAAAAUGGACUGCUGCGAAUGAAGGGUCGUAUAGACGCUUUGAAUGGCGGCUGGAGUCAGUGGAGUGCUUGGUUGGAGUGUCGCUGCCCUGGGAAACCGGUGCAGGGACGGAAACGGACGAGAACGUGCAGCGAUCCGAUUCCACUGUAUGGUGGAGCACCCUGCGAUGGACCGAACCAACAGAAGACGGCGGACUGUGUCACGUGUCCCGAGGACACACAAAUCAUUACACCGAAUGGGUUCGAGGAUAACACCUUUGUGCGCCGCUGGUCCACGUGGUCUACCUGGAGCAGCUGUUCGGCCAAGUGCGUCCAGGUUCGGCGUCGCGUUUGCCGCACUCAGAGUUUAGACUAUUACGACAAAGCCCUGGUGAAGCACCAUCAACAGUUGGCCGCUCUGAUGGACGACCAGGAGGAGCAGGGCAGUAGUACGUUCGGUUGCCACGGCAAGGACAGCCAAUCGAUCGUCUGCCGCGGUGGGGAUUGCAGAAUUGACGAUACAGCUUCGGACUGGAUAUUCUACUUAGGUCUCGGGUUCAUCGUAACGCUGUGCAUCACAUUCUUCGUUUUCCUGAUCCACAUUCGCCGGCAUCGUCAAAAGAUUCCUGCAUACAGCAUCACCAGAACGGCACCGGAUCAGCAUACCUACACGCAUGAGUUUCAAAAGAAGCUUACCUACAAUUCUAACACUCCGGACAUAAACAUUCGAGUCAACAACUUUGAGUACUCCAACGGGAGUACUAUGGAAGCACCUAAAAUCCCCGGCCAAACUGUACCCCUGCUGUUGCCCCGAUCGGUCUCCACCGAGCAUCACUACGACGAACCGCAAUUUGCUUCGAGUUAUUCAACGCCCAUCGACAGCAAAAGCCGCGAGAACACUAAUCACUAUCACCAGCAGAAGCAGCAGCAACAACAACAGCACUACCAUCAGCAUUUGUAUCACCAGAAUCACCCACAAACACCCCCACUGAUCAGCCUGAAGGGACAGCAGCAGCUUCUGUUGCCGCUGCAGCCGCAACAACAACAACAACAACAACUACAGCAACAGCGGACGCAAACGCUUCAGAGUCAACCAUCGCAAAAGGGUGGACAGUACAUGAGCAAGGAGUCCUUGGCGACCAAUAGUGAUACCAACACUUCCAACUCAACAUACGCCAUUGCCACCACCGAGUCACUGGACACGUCCAGCUCCAACGAAACCGUGUACAAAUCCAACAGCAUGCGCCAGGUCGUCACAGCGGACGGCGGUUGGCUCGAGCUGGAGCAUCUGCAGACGUCUCUCUCCAUUCCGGAGGGAGCACUACCGGAAACGUUGAAAAUCAACGUGUUCCUGGCCGUCAUGUACGACUCGAAGGACACGAUUCUAGUCGACAACCAAAUCACCCACAUCAGUCCGACCAUUGUGUGCGGGCCGGCGAAAAGCAACUUUGCGAAACCAUUGAUUCUGAAGGUACCGCACUGUGCCGAGGACAUCGGCAACUGGAAGAUCUCACUCUUCUACAAGGAGGAAGUGACGAACUGUUGGAAGAAGAUCGCUUCCUCGGAGAACGAUGUGCCCAGUCCACAGGCGUACAUUCAGUUGGAUCUGAAGAACGCAUACAUUAUGACGAGAAAGUUGGGAAAGUACAUCCUCGGCGGGGAGAAUCUGUCCCCGGAGGUGUCCGUGAUGAAACGGUUGAAGAUCUACAUGUUCGGCCCAAACCGUAAGCCAGAGACUGAUUUCAACAUUCGAGUGUACAUUUUAGAGGACUAUCCGAGUGCGCUGGAACACUGCUCAAUCAUCGAAAGUCGAAUGGGGUACUUUCUGAUCGGCCAAAGCUCGCCGUUCCAUUUCGAGAACAAUAAGCAGAAUAUGAUCCUUCGAAUAAAUUGUUCUGGCGGGUGGACAUCGAAGGCGGAUACAGCCGUACAGAAAAUUCCCUUCAAUCACAUCUGGAAGAACAUGUCAAUUUUGCACUGCGAGUUUAUGUUGCAAAAAUUAGUCAACGAGCUGCCCUGUCUGAGGGUUGAACUUGCUGCUGAACAGGAAAACGGGACGAAGGUUCUGAUUACUUCGGUGGCUUUCUCGUGAUAGUACAUUCGGAAGGCGUUGGAGAAGCUGAUGACGAUUUAGUGCGGGGCUGAGUCAAAGGAUAUGGUUUUCAUGGUAGCCAUUCUGAUAUAGUGAUAUUACAACCAAGUAAGCAAAGUAAACAGUUGAUUGUAUGUAAGUAUGUAUGGUAACGAAACAAUAUUUAUUACCACUGGAAUUAUUAGUAGUUUAUUGAUAUGAACCCAAUGUCGAGUAAAUAGCAGGCUUAUAUGCACGCUCUGCGCAAGGACACGAAACCGAAACAAAAUUGUUUGUAGGCAGUUGUAGGACUUUGUUAAAACCUAACACUCACACAAUGAAGAUAGUUUGUAGAAACCGGGAGCCAAAACGUUAGUUACGAGCGGAAAAUCUUAGAAAACGUUCCACCGUUGAUGCAAGAAAUUAUGUAGAACGAAAUUGUAGCUAUUCACUAAGACUGAUUGUGAGGAACAAUAAAUAAAUUGAUUGGUUGG